AUUACGGAGACAGUGGGAAUGUGGCAAAUCUCUCACAGGCAGCAAUGUCCUUUUCUCUCUCCUCCCCCUUCCGAACACACAUUAGCUUCUCUCUGCUCCUGCUCUUUCCCUGUCUGGCACUAGAAAAGGUGCAGAGCGCUUGUGAGGGAGGAAGGCGAGGGAAAACACACAGACACGCAACACCACCCAUCUCCACAACCUAGAUAAGUCCCUGGCACUUCGGUGUAGUUAUUAGCAGCAAUAAACCUGAGCACAGAGAGAUGUAAUUUGGGCUAAUGUGCUGUUCUUCCUUGGUGGCAAACUGGCUGGUUGGCUUAUUAGCAUUACUGUUAGGUAGCGACUGGCUCCAUCACUCAGAGCUGACAGGAAGAGUUCCUUCGCAUUGUCUGGUGUCUGCUUAGACCCCAGAUUGUGGCUUGACAAUGCUCGCAGAGAGGUGUCUAGGAUUGAUAUAUUCCGGCUUGUAUCUCUGGGCAUCCUUGUUCCUGUCUUUUUUAAAAGUCUCCCAGCAAGGGGAAAACCAGAGGCGGCUGUACAGAGAACUGCUGAAAAACUACAAUCGCUUGGAACGGCCUGUAGCGAAUGAUUCACAACCCCUUGUAGUAGAGCUGCAACUGUCAUUGUUGCAAAUAAUUGAUGUGGAUGAAAAGAACCAGGUCUUGAUAACAAAUGCUUGGCUGCAGAUGUAUUGGAUUGAUGCAUAUUUGUCAUGGGAUCAGUAUGAAUAUCCUGGAGUUCAGAAUUUAAGAUUUCCUUCUGAUCAGAUUUGGGUGCCAGACAUUCUUCUGUACAACAGUGCAGAUGAGAGAUUUGAUGCAACGUUUCAUACAAAUGUUCUGGUAAACUAUUCAGGAGCUUGCCAGUAUAUACCUCCAGGUAUCUUGAAGAGUACAUGUUACAUUGAUGUCCGUUGGUUUCCUUUUGAUGUGCAAAAAUGCAAUUUGAAAUUUGGUUCAUGGACACACAACGGCUGGUUGCUUGAUCUGCAGAUGCUUGAAGCUGAUAUUUCCAAUUACAUAUCAAAUGGUGAAUGGGAUUUAGUGGGUGUCCCAGGAAAAAGGAAUGAGCUGUACUAUGAGUGCUGUAAAGAGCCAUAUCCAGAUGUGACUUACACAGUGACCAUGCGCCGCCGCACCCUCUACUAUGGGUUGAACUUACUGAUUCCCUGUGUUCUUAUAUCAGGCUUAGCGUUGCUGGUUUUCUUGCUGCCGGCUGACUCUGGAGAGAAAAUAUCUUUGGGUAUUACUGUUCUCCUGUCCCUGACGGUUUUCAUGCUGCUUGUAGCAGAGAUAAUGCCUGCCACCUCAGAUUCUGUUCCCUUAAUAGCCCAGUAUUUUGCAAGCAUCAUGGUUAUUGUCGGCUUAUCUGUGGUGGUGACAGUCUUAGUUCUUCAGUUUCAUCAUCAUGACCCACAAGCAGGAAAGAUGCCCCAAUGGGUCCGUGUCAUUUUGUUGAACUGGUGUGCUUGGUUUUUGAGAAUGAAAAAACCUGGAGAAAGCAUAAGGCCUCUUUCUUGCAAAUACAGCCAUUCUAGGCACCAGUCUACUGUCAGCAGUGUAGAAAUGAACAUCUUACCUGGACACCAAUCUAGCAACGGCAAUGUGAUCUACAGCUACCAUACCAUAGAAAACCCCUGCUGUGCACACAACAGUGACAUGAGGAACAAGGGUGAAAAGGACCCUGGCUCUUCACCCGAAGAUACUGAAAUUACUCAAAGAAAAGCUUUAAUGGAAACUAUCCCAGUGAUUGUGAAAAUCCUGGAAGAAGUUCAGUUCAUCGCAGCCCGUUUCCGAAAACAAGAUGAAGGGGAAGAAGUCUGCAGUGAAUGGAAGUUUGCAGCUGCUGUCAUAGACAGAUUGUGCCUUGUGGCAUUUUCACUCUUUGCCAUCAUCUGCACACUCACAAUACUAAUGUCUGCUCCAAAUUUUAUCGAAGCUGUUACAAAAGAUUUUACAUAAGGAAAAGAAUCUCAGAAAUGAACAGAAAAACUCUCAAAUGUAAUUGGGGAUUAUGAAUUGAUGACAUUAAUUCUGCUAAACAAUGAUACUGAAAAUGAGAAAGUUUACUUUCUUUGCUGACUUCAGUAGAGGAAAGGAGUUUCAAUAUUCAGUACCCCCCACCAUGUUAGAGAUUAUAGGUACAGGAUUAAGUAACUGGCUCUGUUAUUGUUUCUUAAACAGUGUCUUCUCCCUGUACUCGUGAUCAUGAUUUCUGGUAAAUAUUAGACAAGAAACCAGAUAUACAGCAUACCAAGUAAAUAGUUAAUUAUGUGUACUACUGGAAAACACUAGUGAGCAUUUUGCUGCAUUGGUAAAUCCCUCCUAGAAUUAUUAUUUGCUCACUGAACCAUUUUCAAUAUUUUUAUUUUGCAUCUUUGCUUAAUACAGAUUUCAUCUAUAGUAAUGUAAUCACUUCAGCCUUGAAUUAUAUUGUGAGUUGCAGUUUGCCGAAUAAAUGGUGAGUUUUAGCUUUUAUUAUCACUGUGAUAGUCUGAAAUAUUUCUCCAGUUGAUAAUGUAAAGGAUUUUUCUAGUAAGUUAAAAUAUUUUCAGUGUCUAAUAUUCAGUUUUUCUAUUAUAUGGAUUACCAAGUUUCCUUUUACUAACUUGAGUAUUGUGGCUCCACCCUCUUAUUCUUGCCUUUGAAUUUAUUUGUAUAAGCUUCCAAUUUCCUUAAACUGCACUGGUCUAAAUAGUGUUGCUAAUUUCUUAGAGUGCAUUAUUACAUAGCAGUCCCAAACAUACAUUAAAGCAGGACAUGUAUCACUUGCUGAAUUGAGAACCACUGGUAUAAAUCAGAGGCAUACUCAGACGGGCAUCUUAACUACACAUCCAAGCAACAUUCAGUCUGUCCUGCAUCAUAUUGCUUUGAAUGGGGUACCUAUUUCCACUCCCAUUCUCAUGCACCUAAUUGCACAUUAAUGCCUUGUUUAUGUUCAAUUUGAGCUGGAUUGCAGCCAUUGUGGACAAAAAUUAGAACCACUUGCCAUAGCAAUAAGUAAGGGACGGUUCAAAUGACCUAUAAGAACCCAUUCAGAAGGUGAUAAUCUACAUGGCAGCUUUCUCCCACUGAUGACCAGACGAUGUUGUAACAAAUACGACAAUCACAUGAUGAUCUAAACCAACUAGAAGAUCAGAACUUAUACCAAUCACAUCUUAUAUAGCGAAAAACUAAGUUUGCACAUAUGUGUGUGCAGGAAAGGACAUGGACA